CAAAGUAUUCAACAACAACCAAAGCUAAUCCAAAAACAACAACAUAUACACUGACAAUAACAGCUGCCCCCAAAACAACCACAGCGGCCCCUACGACAACAAUAGCUGGUGUUACGACGACAACAGCUGCACCAAUAACAACAGCUGCUGAAACUGCCACCACAGAUGCCUCCCUGGCAACUACAGCUCUUGCCAAAACAACCACAGCUGCACCAACAACAACCACAGCUGUCGCUAUGACUACAAAAGCAACAACACCAACAACUGCCUCAACAUCAACAGCAGCAGCUCAAAAGACAACAGCAGCUGUUUUUACGACGACAACAGCUGCACCAAUAACAACAGUUGCUAAAACUACAGAUACGACUACAACAACCACAGCUGCACCCACACCAAUCACUGCUGCUCUCACAACAACCAUGUCUGCCCCCUUUACAACCAGAGCUGGAGUUACGACGACAACAGCUGCACCAGUAACAACAGGUGCUGAAUCUACCAACACAGUUGCUUCCCCGAUAACUACAGCUGCUGCCACAACAAACACAGCUGCACCAACAACAACCAAAGCUGGAGUUACGACAACAAAGGUUGCACCAACAACAAUAGCUGCUGAAACUACAGAUAAGGCUACAACAACCACAGUUUCACUCACAAAAACCACAGCUGCUCCUACAACAAUCAUAGCUGCACCAACAACAUCCACAGCUGCUCCAACAACAACCACAGAUAUAGCGACAACAACAGCUGCCCCCAAAGCAACCACCGCUGUACCUAAGACUACGACAGCAACAACACCAACAACUGCCGCAACAACAACCACAGCAGCAACAAUAACAACCACAGCUGGUGUUAUGACAAUAACAGCUGCACCAACACCAACAGCUAGUGAAACUAUAGAUACGGCUACAACAACCACAGCUGCUCCAACCACAACCACAACCACAGAAGCACUAACAACAACCACAGCUGUCGCUACGACUACAAGAACACCAACAGCGGCUGCAACAACAACUAAAGCAGCUCCUGGAGUUACGACAUCAGCAGCUGCACCAAUAACAAUAGUUGCUGAAAUUAUAGAUACGGUUUCAACUACAACAGCUGCUCCAACAAAAACCACAAAUGCAGCUACAACAACCACAGAUAUACCGAAAACCACAGCUGCCUACAUUACAACCACAGCUGGUGUUAUGACGAUAACAGCUGCAAAAAUAACAACAGCUGCUGAAAAUACCACAACUGGUGCCUCCCAGACAACUACAGCUGCUGCAACAACGACCACAGCUGCACCAACAACAAACACAGCUAAACUCACCGACAACUACAGCUGCUGCCACAACAACCACAGCUGCACCAACAACAACCACAGCUGUUGCCAUGAAAACUACAGCUGGUGUUACGACGUCAACAUCAGCACCAAUAUCAAGAGCUGUUGA